CUAAGACUUCCCGCAGUUGGCAGCACUUGCAGCUGCGGAAGAAGAAGACAAAAUGACAGUUAACCUGAAAAUUUUAUUUUUUUAAAGAUGGAUUUUGGUGGUAAAAUUGGCGACGACCAUUCACGAACGAUAAUACACGUAGACUUGGACUGUUUUUACGCGCAAGUGGAGAUGUUGAAAAAUCCAGAUUUAAAAGACAAAUCUUUCGGCAUUCAGCAGAAGAAUAUCGUCGUAACAAGUAACUAUAAGGCGCGAGAUUACGGGAUCAAGAAAUGUAUGUUAAUUACAGAGGCUAAAAAACUGUGCCCAAACUUAAUUCUUGUGAAUGGAGAAGAUUUACAUGACUAUAAACAAAUGUCCCAAAAAGUUACAAGUGUUUUACAGAAGUUUACAAGCAACGUGGAACGUUUGGGUUUGGAUGAAAAUUACUUAGAUAUAACCAAUUUAGUGAGAGAUAAAAAUAAUGAAGAUAUAAAUCCUAUAGGACAUAUUUUCGGUGAUACUAGUGAGCUGUGUGAUUGUGGUUGUACUAUUAGAAUAAAAUUAGGGUCUAUAAUAGCGCAGGAUAUUCGAAAUGAGUUGUUUACAGAGUUGGGUUUAACUAGUUGUGCUGGGAUUGCACAUAAUAAACUCCUAGCUAAAAUCGUAGGCUCAACAAAUAAACCUAACCAACAAACUAUAACUUUUCCAGAUAGUGCAGUUGAAUUAAUGUUGGGUCUACCUUCUGUGAGUAAUAUUACAGGUAUAGGUCAAGUUUUAUCACAACAAUUAGCUAAAUUGAACAUAAAAACUGUUGAAGACUUACAGAACUCAGAUUUGAAUGUUCUUAUUGGUACAUUAGGGAUAGAGAAGGGUAAAAUGGUAAGGGAUUUAAGUUUUGGUAUCGAUAAUUCCCCUGUGAAACCUACAGGAAAGCCACAAAGCAUAGGGAUUGAAGAUAGCUGUAAAACAAUUACAGAGAAGGAAGUUUUGGAAAAACUAACAACAUUACUGCAAAGAUUAUUAAUUCUUGUUGAAGAAGAUGGUAGAAUACCAAAAACAAUUAAAUUAACAGUGAGAAAAUAUGAUAAAAACACAAAAUUCAGCAACAGAGAGACAAGGCAAUGUAAUAUAAGCACUACUUUGUUUGACCCUAAGAAAUUAUCCAUAUUAAGUGAAUCAAAUGAGAAAAAAUUACUAUCUGUGAUCAUGAGAUUAUUUUCCAAAGUUGUGGAUACCAGAAAAUCCUACCACAUAACCCUACUUGGUCUCUCUUUUACAAAAUUCAUUGAACAAAUUAACAAAAACUCGCUCGCAAUGUUUUUAGCGAAAAAAAGCGAUCUGGAAGUCCAAUCUAUUACCAAUCUAAAAAACACUCAAGAUAAACCACCCAGCCCUAAAUGUAUUCCAUCAACAUCUACUGUAAAUUCAGAUUCUGAAGCUGAACAUGAACCAUUAUCGAAAAAACACAAAUUAGGCUUAUUAUCAAAAAAACGGCCACAAUUUAGCGAUUCAGACGACUGUGAAUCACCUUCAAAACUCAGAGUGGCUGAAUUAAAAUUAAGUGGAGAUUCUCAGAAUAUUUGUUGCCCUCCAAAUGCAGACGAGCAGGUGUUUCAGGAAUUGCCCAAAGAUGUACAAAAAGAACUUUGGGAAGACUAUAAACAAAGUAGGGAUCAAGAAAGGAAUUUAUACAGCCAAGCUACAAAAAAAUCAAAGCCAAACAGUAUCUUAAACUAUUUUGUGAAACAAUGAGUUUUAUUUUAUAUUUGUAAAUAAAUUAUAAAUACUAAGA